AUGGAGUUCGUUCAUCCAAAAUCAGCAGAAUGUACAAAAAGUGAACUUGAUAUAUUUCUCGUACCCCCAACGAAAACCAGUUUGGAAAAGGGGCGAUGGAUAGACCAUCCACCUGUCUCUAGUGUAUCUGAAAGCGGUCCGAUUACCUUUUUAGCGCCAGGUACAGAAGAUUAUGUUGACUUGUCUAACACAAUGUUGAUGGUCAGAGCAAAAGUAACGAAAGCUGACGGUGGAAAUCUCGACGAUGGCGCUAAAGUAAUCAAGCAGCAAAAGAAACCGGUCAACAAUUUCUUGCAUAGUUUGUUUAAGCAAGUUGAUGUGUUUUUGAAAGGGAAGCUAGUAACCCAAGCGACAGGAACUUAUCUUUAUCGUGCAUAUAUCGAUACACUUUUGAAUUAUGGUCCAUCAGCUAAACAAUCCCAGCUGACAGCUGCGUUGUUUUACAAGGACGAAGCCUCAAAAAUGGAGGUUGCCGACCCAGCAAACGCCAGUCCAAACAAUGGCUUGAAAACACGAAGUAAGUUUAGUGCGAGAAGUGCAAUUGUCGAAAUGGGAGGGCCUAUAUUUUGUGAUGUUUUCUUCGGUGAACGCCUCCUGCUUAGCUAUGUUGAUUUGAAAGUGGUAUUGAACCGUACCAGUGACGAGUUUGCCCUAAUGGCAUCCGAGGACGAUGCAGCAUUUAAAGUGAAACUGGUGGAUGUUUAUCUAAAAGUUCGCAAAGUUAAAGUGAAUCCUAGUAGAGCUAUGUCUCACGAAGUUGCACUGAAAAAAAGCCCAGCCGUUUACCCUGUAAUACAAAACAAUUUCGACUAA